CCUCAUCGUUUUUUCUUCCCCCUCUUUUUUCUUUUUUUUUCUGUACACCAUUUGUGGACUCUUGGAAAUGUAACUGUCGUUCAAUAUUUGCAAUGUCACGUGUCUUUGGAGGCGGAACUCACUUGGAAAUAAUCCUCUCGAGCGUUGAUGAAAUUUUAACAACCGACUCGUGCAAAAUUCUUACAGGUUCAUCCACAUCUUUCCCACGCUGUCUGUUCGUCUGUGUUGGUGGGAUCCAUUUGUACAUGUGGAAAACUCAGUCGACAUUAUAAUCAACUGUGGAUAGAAAUGAUCUUAGAAGAAGGCCUGAAUCGGAAUCAUGAUCAAGCUAUUUUCACUGAAGCAACAGAAGAAGAAUGGAGAAGGCGCAAGUUGCGGAGUGCAAAAGCAGACCUCGGCUGCGCAACUGAGAAUCACCAAAGAUAUCAAUGAGCUGACGCUGCCGAAGACUUGCGGGGUGGAGUUUCCGAAUCCGGACGAUCUGCUCAACUUUAAACUUGUCAUCUGCCCAGACGAGGGUUUCUACAAGGGAGGCAGGUUCGUGUUCAGUUUCGAAGUGGGGCCCAACUACCCGCAUGAGCCGCCGAAGGUCAAGUGCGAUACCUCCGUGUUCCACCCGAACAUCGACACGGAUGGCAACGUAUGCCUCAACAUCCUGCGAGAGGAUUGGAAGCCGGUUCUCACCGUCAACUCCAUCGUGUACGGGCUGCAGUUCCUCUUCCUGGAACCGAACCCCAGUGAUCCCCUGAAUAAGGAAGCUGCCGAGAUGCUGCAGAACAACCGGAGGGCGUUCGAGCACACUGUGCAAAAGACCAUGAAGGGCGCUUAUGUGGGAAGCGCCUACUUCAACCGGUGUUUGAAGUAAUCGUCGGUCCCACGAAUUUCAACUGUGAUGUUCGUGUUGUGGGGGGUAAUUUUAAUAAUGAAGUACACAUAAUGCUUUCUGUUAGUUGUUUUC